GCCAAAGACGCAGCCUUCAACUCGUACGCCAAGCAGCACGAGCCUGUCUGCCUCCCCGACACGCGCGUCGACCUCCUGCGCGAGAUACACAGCUGGGCGGACGGGCCAGAUAAGCAAUGCAUCUUCUGGUUGAGCGGGCUGGCGGGCACGGGCAAGUCGACCAUCGCCCGGACCGUCGCGCGUAGGUACCACGACAAGCAGCGUCUCGCAGCGAGCUUCUUCUUCUCGCGCGGCGGCGGCGACGUUGGCCACGCCGGCAAGUUUGUGACAAGCAUCGCGGUGCAGCUUGCGCACAGCGUGCCAGCGUCGCGAAAGCACAUCAGCGACGCUGUUGCCGAGCACAGCGACAUCGUCAGCCAGUCGCUGCGCGACCAGUGGCAGCACCUGGUCUGCCGCCCGCUGUCGAAGCUGCACGAACCAGAGCUAGCGCCAUACGUCGUGGUCGUCGAUGCGCUCGACGAGUGCGACAACGACAGCAACAUCCGCAUCAUCGUGCAGCUGCUGGCCGAGGCGCGGUCGUUGACAGGCGUCCGGCUGCGGGUGUUCCUGACAAGUAGGCCAGAAGUGCCGAUCCGGCACGGGUUCGGGCAGAUGGCGGACGUGGAGCACAAGGGCGUCGUGCUGCACGACAUCUCGCCGUCAAUUGUCGAACGCGAUAUAGCCACUUUUCUCAAGCAUCACCUUAGCAUCAUCGCCAAGGAAUGCUAUCACGCUGAUGACUGGCCGGGCACAGAAGUAAUCAAGCGCUUAGUACAGAGUGCAUGCGGUCUGUUUAUCUGGGCCGCAACUGCCUGCCGUUUCAUCCAAGAAGGCGGACAGUUUGUUGCCGAUCGACUACGCGCUGUACUCAAGGACAGCUCCUCUGCAGACAACUCAACAACGGACACGCGAUUGGACAUCAUAUACCUUGCCGUGCUCAAGAGCCCUCUUCGCAGAUACAGAAAGCAGGAAAGGAAGAAACGGUACAGGCUAAUAAGAGAGACAUUAGGUGCGAUCGUGCUUUUGCGGUCGCCGCUUUCUGCAUCUUCACUGGCCCGACUACUCCGCGUUCCUGCAGAGGAUGUGCAUCGAACGCUGUAUGAGCUGCACUCUAUCCUAGACGUUCCACAAGAUUCGAGCCGGCUGGUGCGUUUGCAUCACCCUUCUUUCCGUGAUUUCCUCCUCAACAGAAAGAGAUGCAGCGACGACAGCUUCUGGGUAGACGAGAGCAGCACCCACGAGAAGCUGGCGUCUUGCUGCCUCGAGCUCAUGUCGGCGCCUAACAGCCUACGACAAGACAUAUGCAAUCUCUCAGGUCCGGGAGUUUUGAGGAGAGAGAUCGAUGAAGGGACGAUUAGUAGCAGUCUUCCCCCAGAACUGCAGUAUGCGUGUCGCUACUGGGUCGAGCAUCUCGAGCACAGCCAGCAGAGCAUCACAAACGGAGACGCCGUGCACGUCUUCCUGCAGACGCACCUUCUGCACUGGCUCGAAGCGAUGAGUCUGAUGCGGGAGACAGGCCAGUGCGUGCGCUUGCUGGCAAGGCUGCAGGCGCUGGUGGCGCCAUCUGCAUACACAUGUGCAGGCUUCUUCUGCGAUGCGAGUCGAUUUGUGCUGCGGUUUCUAUCAGUCCUAGCGGAGGCACCUCUGCAAGUCUACUCGUCAGCGCUUGUCUUUGCACCACAGGCGAGCGUUGUACGCAAAACCUUUGUCGAUCGGGUUCCACAAGCAGUAGACAUACUGUCAGACAGAGACACAGAAUGGGAUGCGUGUCGCAGCGUACUGGAAGAUCAUUCAAACGAUGUCAACGCUGUAGUGUUCUCGGCAGACGGCCAGCUGCUCGCCUCAGCAUCUCGCGACAGCACAGUGCGAGUGUGGGAGACGGCGACAGGAACGUGUCGCCACGAGCUGAAGGGCCAUUCAAGCUCGGUCAAUGCGGUGGUGUUCUCGCCAGACGGGCAGCUGGUCGCCUCAGCAUCCUACGACAGGACAGUACGAGUGUGGGAUACGGCAACGGGCACGUGUCGCAGCGUGCUGGAGGGCCAUACAAGCUUGGUCAAUGCGGUGGUGUUCUCGCCAGACGGGCAGCUGGUCGCCUCAGCAUCCCGCGACAAGACAGUGCGAGUGUGGGAGACGGCGACAGACACGUGUCGCAGCGUGCUGGAGGGCCACUCAGACGCUGUUAAUGCAGUGGUGUUCUCGCCAGACGGACAGUUGGUCGUCUCAGCAUCCUACGACAGGACAGCGCGAGUGUGGGAUACAGCGACAGGCACGUGUCGUACUGUGCGGGAAGGGCAAUCUUCGUACAUUGACCAUCUCAGUUUCUCGCCAGAUGGCCAGGUUUUGCAUACUAACAAAGAAGAC